ACAGAAGAUCAUAAUCAUCAUUAUUUGUUUGUAGGAUUUACUAUCUUGCAAACAAAUGCUGUCAGUGUAUCAAGGAAUGACUAUUACAAAAACAGUUAACACAGUUAAAAAAAGGUGUUUUGAAAAGAAAUCUAAAGCAUGUCAUUGACUUUGAGCCUGAUAUCAAAGUUACCUUUUAGUCUGUAGCUGACAAUGACUGAGGAUCUCAGGCAGAGAAUAUCCGUAGCUUUAUUUCUAUAGACUUGCAGGCCUAAACAAACGUACAAAGUGAUUUCACUGGGGAAUAGUAAGAGUUAAAGAAUGAGUUCAGUGUUUCUCAACCAUGCCUUUAUAGAAAUACUGUUCACCAUCAUUAUUUAACACUCAAGGCUAACCUCAAUGAAUGCUUUAGUUUUGAUUGGUUUUUGUGUAGGCCUACACUUGCACCAUUAGACUGCAUUUAAGACCAAUCUAUUUUUAAAACAGGAAAUUCAUUAGCUCACACGUCAAGUGUUUUUCCAAAAUGGCCCCAAAGCAUGCUUUCUUAUUGACUUGACCUUGCACAAAUUCCAUUUUCAGGCCAAGACAGAUACUCCAUAAGAGCUAAUAGAAACCAUGGUUAGUGUCCCCCUUUUUAUCAAUAGAACUGUAUAUAUGUCUGAUUAUCUUGUGUGCUUCCAUACUGUAAAAAGGAGAUUUGAUGAUUGCCCAACUGGAGUGUUUAUUGCCAAUGAGAAGCUGCAGCAGAACAGUCAGUUUCUAAAAAUAAAAAAAAAGUUGUGCAAUGAUAGUAAACAGGACUGCAGCAAAAAAACAAACACCGUGAAUGCAUCUUUUAAGCAGCCGUUACGCAGUUAGGGUUCAGACUUGGUGCCACAAAAGCAACAGGCUAUGUGCAAUGUGCCUCUGAGUAAAAAACCUUUUGGUUGCUCAGGAAGCUUUAGAGUGUACAAUCUAUAUUUUUCCACAAGGUGGCGCCAUUUAACCAAGAAUGGGUUCCCCGGCCAUACUGACAGACUAUAAACCUAAAGCAACAGGCAGACGCUGUUUAUACAGCUUCUCAGUCUAGUCAACAAAGAUCUAGUAUUAGAAUGACUAUGGAUCACCUGACCAUGGCAGAAUAUAUUACUGGUUGAUUUGAAUCUACCUGAGAUCAACCGUGGAUGACAAAAGAUGGAGAACUUGGUGGUUUCUUGUGAUUUUCAUCUGUCACUUUUUUCCUGCUGUUCCUUCUUCCUGUCAGCGCCUUACCCUAACCACAACCUAAUUCUAAUUUAACCCUUAAAACCAAGUCUUGACCUUCAAACAGCCCUUUAAAGUUGUGAGGACCGGCCAAAAUGUCCUCACUCUGCAGGUAAAAAAAAAAAAACGUGUUUCAGUCCUCACUAUGUAGCAAGUACAAGUACACACACACACACAAACAGCAGCCAGGUUGCAGCCAUAGCAACGCCACCGGUGCGCUGUUAUCCUAAAGUGGUGUGGAUGGAAAGCAGAGGGCUGUUGCUGCUUUGAACUCCGCACACCUGCCUCCGUCGCCGUCCAGUCUCGCCAGGUUCAAGGUACGGGAGUGUCUGUCUGUCCUUGUCUGCCUGCGAUGGACGAGGCGGAGGACGGCGAGGAUGAGCCCAAAUUCCAGCAGCCUCGACCACUUCAAGUAGCCAGCGAGGAUCAUGGGAGCAGCGGAGGAACCGACAUGAAGAAAUUUACGCCAGGAGGCGGAGCCGCGUACAAUGCGCGCAAAAACUCCAACAACAAUGAGCUGCGGCUCCUGCGAGACGAGGACUCCGCACCUGUCAGUGCCAGUGGCAGCACAGCCUCUGCUCUGUUAUGCCAGAGGGAUGCUGCUGGCGGCCGAGGCGGCUCAGAGUCAGACCACAGGAGUGGAGGGGACACAGUCUCAGAGGCAGGCGUGGUAGGAGAGGGAGCCAUCGGUAUGAUAUGCAACAAAAACGGAGAUUGUAGAAGGGACCCGACCAGUUCAGGGAGCCUCUCCUCUCUCAUCUCAAGGCAGGAGAAGCAGACAGAUGGAGUAGUGGCAGCAGCUGAAGACGGCAAGGGGCAGGCUGCAGUCAUGGACGGCUCUAUCACUUCAGCGGGGUCCAUGACACAGGUGCCCGGGGCCGAGGUCAAGACCGCGGCAGCGAUGGAGAAAAAGGACUCCAGAGUUUCCUUCUCCAACGCCCCGGCUAGUAAAGGACAGACUCCGAGUCAACAGUCGAGAAAUUCUGUCACAUUUUCCAAAACUGAGGAUGGCUCUCAGAUAGUGCCGGAUGAUGGAGACCCCAGGGGGAAUCAGACAUACAUGCAGCGGCAGUUUAGCUCCAUGCUUCAGCCCGGAGUUAACAAAUUCUCCCUGCGCAUGUUUGGCAGCCAGAAGGCAGUGGAGAAAGAACAAGAGCGCGUAAAGUCAGCGGGUAACUGGAUUAUUCACCCAUACAGCGACUUCAGGUUCUACUGGGACUUCACCAUGCUGAUGUUCAUGGUGGGCAACCUGAUCAUCAUCCCCGUGGGCAUCACCUUCUUUAAGGACGAGACCACCACGCCCUGGAUCAUCUUCAACGUGGUUUCCGACACCUUCUUCCUCAUGGACCUGGUGCUGAACUUCAGGACUGGCAUCGUGUUCGAGGACAACACUGAGAUCAUCCUCGAUCCCGACAAGAUUAAGAUGAAGUAUCUGAAGACCUGGUUUGUGGUGGACUUUGUCUCCUCCAUACCCGUGGAUUAUAUCUUCCUCAUUGUGGAGAAAGGGAUCGACUCGGAGGUGUACAAGACAGCCCGGGCGCUCCGCAUCGUCCGCUUCACUAAGAUCCUCAGUUUGCUGCGGCUGCUGAGGCUGUCCAGACUCAUCCGUUACAUCCACCAAUGGGAGGAGAUCUUCCACAUGACCUAUGACCUGGCCAGUGCUGUGAUGCGAAUAUUCAACCUGAUUGGUAUGAUGCUGCUGCUGUGUCACUGGGAUGGCUGUCUCCAGUUCCUGGUUCCCAUGCUGCAGGACUUCCCGUCUGACUGCUGGGUCUCCCUCAACAAGAUGGUGAAUGACUCAUGGAGCGAGCUGUAUUCCUUUGCCCUGUUUAAGGCCAUGAGCCACAUGCUGUGCAUUGGAUAUGGAAGACAAGCUCCAGAGAGCAUGUCGGACAUCUGGCUGACCAUGCUCAGUAUGAUCGUCGGAGCCACCUGCUACGCCAUGUUCAUCGGCCACGCAACUGCACUCAUCCAGUCUCUGGACUCAUCCAGACGGCAAUACCAAGAAAAGUACAAACAAGUGGAGCAGUACAUGUCAUUCCACAAACUACCGGCCGACUUCCGACAGAAAAUCCAUGACUACUAUGAGCACAGAUACCAGGGCAAGAUGUUUGAUGAAGAGAGCAUCCUGGAGGAGCUUAAUGAGCCUCUGCGCGAGGAAAUCGUCAACUUCAACUGCCGUAAGCUGGUGGCCUCCAUGCCGCUGUUUGCCAAUGCUGAUCCCAACUUUGUGACAGCCAUGCUGACCAAACUGAGAUUUGAAGUAUUCCAGCCCAAAGACUACAUCGUUAGAGAGGGCACCAUCGGCAAGAAGAUGUACUUCAUCCAGCAUGGGGUGGUCAGCGUCCUGACCAAAGGAAGCAUCGGCAUGAAGCUGAUGGACGGCUCCUACUUUGGAGAGAUCUGUCUGCUGACCCGUGGCAGACGGACGGCCAGUGUGCGAGCUGACACCUACUGUCGCCUAUACUCUCUCUCUGUGGACAAUUUCAACGAGGUGCUGGAGGAGUAUCCCAUGAUGAGGAGGGCCUUUGAGACGGUUGCCAUUGACAGAUUGGACAGGAUAGGCAAGAAGAACUCACUCCUGAUGCACAAAGUUCAGCAUGAUCUGAACUCUGGUGUUUUCAACAAUCGUGAGAAUGAGAUGAUCCAGGAGAUAGUUAAAUAUGAUCGGGAAAUGGUUCAGCAAGUUGAUAUACCACGACCACGGGCCAUGUCCAUGACACCUCCUCUACAUGGUGGAUUCUUUACUCCUCCAGGUUCCUCCACCCAACCCCAGAAUUCAGCCAUUGCCACUCUGCAGCAGGCUGUAGCCAUGAACUUUUGUCCCCCCAUGCAAGGGAACCUGCAGUCCCCCAGGAUGGUGAGGAGAUUCCAGGUGAUGGAAAGUGUAUCCAGCCCUGUCUCAGCCUCUCCACUGCAGUCUCAGCUCCUUGCUUCUGGUGCCUUUGCUCCCAUCCUGUCCAGCCCCCCUGUCCAGAGUCCACUGGCAGUUGGAGGACGAUCAUUCCAGUAUGGAUCCAGUGGCCUGGCUGGUCCCACCUCAGGCUCCCAGCUUUCUCUAGCCCAGCAGCACACAGCCAGCCCUGCACACCGGCCCAGCACACAUAAGAGUACCCAUUCUUUGCAAAUGGGCAGUCUGAGCCAAGACGCUAGGGCACUAUCAGCCUCUCAGCCCUCCCUGCCUCAUGAGGGGGCGCAACCAGGUGCCCCUAGUCCGCCCCAGUCUACACGAGUCUCCUCCACUUCCAUUGGACCCCCCCAGACCCCAUCAGGUCACACAGGCGUCCGGAGUGCUAUACCACAUAGGGUGGUACUGCCCCACCAGAUGUCUGUGGGGGCCUUCCCUGUGGCAGCCCUGCCUGGUUCUGUGCAGGGUUUUGCAGCUGGUACAGGGCUGGCAGUAGGGGGUGUGGGAACAGGUCUGGGGGAGUCGGGACUACCCAAGAAGGACUCUGUAGUGAGCCUUCCUGAGACAGACCACAGCAAAGUCAGAUCCAGGCUAUCCUCAAACUUGUGAUCUUAAUUAAACUCUUCUGGAGGAGUGACUCAGUGAGGGGCAUGACUGCAGGAACACGGGGGAUUUUUGUUCUUUCUCCUACUGUUCCUCUUCUCUCUUCCCACUCCAGUUUGACUAUCUGAAUGUAUGAAUGUUGAGUGAGUGGCAGCAGGGAGAAUCUGAAAGGAGACUGUUCUAACAUAAUAAAUUCUGUAUGGGGACUUUUGAAUCUGCAGCAUUGAGAUGUUUCUACUCACAGACAUAGUAGUUGCACAGAUCAGUAGUGGUAAAGUAGCUUCUCCCCACCCCCGACUCCUUUAUUUACUGUAUUUCAAAACAUAGUCAACAAUAUAUUGGCAUUUCUGCUUCACUAUCCUCUCAUUCACCACAUUUAAUGCAAAUUUGGGGUCGGAUGGGACUAAAAGAAAAUCAGGGACCUGCUUCAGAUAUCAGAAGUUGGCACUUUAAUGGGGUUUAACUACUGUAUCUACCACAUUUUGUCAGUAGGCUGGCUGUAAAAGACGAUCUAAUGCAUAAUAAUUGUGGUUUUAUAAAAAGUCAUAAUAAGUUUGAACAUUAAAAUUAAGUAUCCCUGUAGACCAAAUUUGUAAGCACAAUUAAUUAAUAUUCAAUAAGAGAUGAGAGAAAAAUGCACUCUCCUCUGACGACCUUUAUUCCAAUAUUUUAAGCCAUAUUUUCCCCCAGAUUAUUGAUAUGAAAGUAUAUUUAUAAAUCAAACAGGCAUUUUCAGAAUCUAGUUGGCCUCUUUUGUAGGUCUUCCCUGCCUCUGUUAGUCCCCACAGAUAAAUAUAUGAGCCCCUAGGAUCUUCAGAUCACAGACUAUGAAUAUCCUUCAUACUGAAAUUACAGCUGUGAAGCAAAUUGUCUAGUUCCAGCCAAGCCAUCGAUUUAUACAGGAAAUGUCUGCACGUUUGUUUAAGUUAAAGCUGCAUUAAUCAAUAUUUUUUAUAUUAACAAUAAAUCAAAUGACUAUGGGUAAUGUGAAGGGAGUUGCUCGUAGUGAUGAUCACUCAACUCUUAAUCUCUAUGGAGCUUUUUAGCCUUUGUUAGUUCAUUGUUUUGGCUCUAAAGCCCACAGAUUUUCUGUACAGUUCAGUCUUAUUGCUCAUCAACCCUGUUUCCAAAAGCAAAAGGCAGCAGUAUUCAGUAAAAAAGAUCCCUUAAACCCAUUAUGUGUGACAUGCACAUUUAGCAACUUAAUAGUCAGAUAUUUUUCUCAGGAGUUGGUGUAGACUAAAUCAGAUCUAAAAGGCUAGUAAAUAUCAGACUUAUGUCUGUCAGGUGGCCAGAAAGAGGUGGGAUUAUAAUGUUGCUUGUGUCCGCUGGAUGUUUAAGUAGUGAAUUGUUUGCCAACUUGUCUGCUGUAGCAACAGUAAUAUUAUGUCAGGGUUGUUUGUCUGUAAACUUGUUUUGCUUUUGUUGCCAAUGUUGCCAAAAAUUGAUUAAUGCAGCUUUAAGAGUAAUGAGUUCACAAGAUCUAAUAAAAAUGUACCAUACUAAAAGACACUUCCUCUUAACAGCAGAAUAGAUUCCUGAAGCAAUAGGUUUAUGGACUGUAGUCAUGUGAGUAGUAAUAUCCCACACUUUGUGAAAGUAUUCUAAUGUAUCUUAGACAUUAUAAUUCACUGCCAGUUAAUUACAAAUAAUUUUAUACAACUCAAGAUGUAAAUCCAUUCAAUCUCACAGAAUCCAAAUAUAAAUCCAUUCUCUUCUAACCCUGAAUCUUACAUUUCUUGCAGCAGCAAUUUGGGCAAUAUGUCACUAUGCCAAAGUCAAUUCAUACAGAUAAUGAAACUCCUGCAAAGCCCAACCCUAUUGUAAGCAUUACAGUUUUGAUCAACAGCCAAGGACAGUGCAGAUACUUUGCAGGAUGUAUAUCGCAGUGUGCCUCUGUCAUUAAUGCCUCAAUAAGAGUUCAUCAGAUCCCGCUGAUUUGUGUCCAAAAGCAUUAGGAAGGGUCUCCCAGACCAGACAUUCUAUUCAACUCAUCUCACUAAUGCCUGAACCAUUACUGAGUAAUGAGAGUGGAAAUUGGAAUCUCCCGGGUCUGUUUGUGACUGUUAUUAUUCUCCUUCGAUUGGAUUUCAUUAUACAGUGCCAAUGAUGAAUUCCUCCUCUAUGAUCAUUUUGCAUUUUCAUUUUGUUUAGUUUCAGUUCCUGCAUGUUAUCCACCUUGAGAAUUCCGUAUAGGACAAAGUUGAAGGUUUGUAUAUUUUUAUAGUGUUUUUGAGGUUUGUUGUGUUUUUGUUUUAUGCCCAAAUUAUGCCCUGUGGAACCUAUUUGGAUUCUGAAAAAUAAUUAAUAUAGAGCUGAGCUUCACAUCGUGUCCUGGAGGACAGGAAAUGCAUAUAGUGACAAAAUUUUAUAGACAUUUUUUACUUCAUUGGAAAGCACACAGUGGAGGAAGACAGAUGGACCAGAUGGAUUGCAAAAAAAGGGUCAUUUGCUAAAUCUAAAUCACAAUCAGAUAUUAGUAACUCGAGCGCAAUGAUCCUAAACAACACCACAAUUUAAAAAAAAAAAGCCGAAGAAUGAACUGAGUGAAACCAAAGUUUCAAGGCCUGAAAUUUUUCGUAUGCAAAUGUUUUCAAAAUAUAAAUGACAUGUCGCAGGCUGACCGUACAAAUCAGAGAAUACUAUACUAAACUCAUUCAGUCAUAUUGUCUGAAAGUGAUGUUUAUCACACAAAGCAAUAACUGUUUGAAAAAGAGUGAGUGGUCAUUUUAUGCAGAUGAUGUUCUGUUGUGUCCCUGAGGUGUUAAUGGAGAUGCAAUCACCUUUUGGAAACUUUACUGAGAAUUUGUUUAAAGUCUGUUUGUGGAAGAACUUGAACAGAGAUUCAGAUUUAAAAUGCACUCUUUAGUGACAAUAACUUGAUUGGCAUGGUUGUUAUAUCUAUGUGUAAACAUAGUGUUCAUCAUGUAAACCAGACUAUUUAUUUAUUUAGCCUAGUUUACUGUAGCUGUAGACAUACUGAAACAGAAAAUGUUUGAAAAAGAAAUAUCUUUGUAAUCUUUGACAAAAUGCAUAAUAUCGUCUGGUAUGAACUGAUAAUACUGAACAAAACCGUUUGCAUUAUAAAAGAUGUAUCACUUCUUUUUCUACAGUCGCUCACAGUACCACCCACAGUUUGUAUAUAAUCCUGUGCCAGUUGCUGUGAGGUCUGCAUGGUUUCUUCAAUUGUGUAUGUUUUAUUUGUUUAUUUAUUUGUCUAAUCUCGCACCCCAGUCAAUUCACAAAUCCUGUUCCUUUUGAUUUUUUUCCCCUUCUAUGCCGUUACCUCUGCCAUCUAAUUAGCAUGUUGCCCAGAACUCUGUAAAUGCACUUUUCCCUCUUUUUGCAACUUUACAAACAUAUUUAGUGUUAUGUAAAUGCUACAACACCUCAGCUGUUCUUUUUCAGUACACCCUCCAGGCUUUGGGAAGGAUGGUAUCUGUGCCACACACACAUGCACGCAGCAGCAACACCAACACCAACAGAAGCAUCUGUGUUUGCCAAGUUGUGUGCUUUCAAAAGGCUUUUUUUCUAAAAACUUUCUUCAUAGAUCCUAAUUUUUUCUUGUCUUCAAUGCUAUAGCUUCUCCAGAGUUACAACUAUUUUCCAUUCCAAUUUUUAUUCAAAUGUGUCUUUGGGUUUAUCAAUGACAGUAAAGUAUGGAGAUUCAGAUUGUUUAAAAUGUUUACCUACAAGGGCUGUUCAUUUGGAUUGAGCGAUGGUGUGAUUUUGUGUCUCUCACUUUGUCAUACAAGUACAUUCCUGCUAAUGAGUUCAGAUUAUUUUUGGCCAAUAAUGACUACACCAACACUGAAAAAUAUAUACAGCACUUUUUUUACACUAGUUGUUUCUGUAUUUUACAGGAUACAAUACAACAUGAUUAAAUAUCAAACAGCAACCA